AACUCACCACACAGAAUGCUCCGCACCGUUUCCAAACAGCAGUUGAGACGCUUUGCCACCCAGUCGGCGAGACUCGCCGAGGCCGCGCCUGUGGCCGCGCCUGUAACCCCAGCCGCUGCCCCGAAGCGCUUCUCGCUCGGCAAGUUCCUCUUUAAGACCACCUUCUACGGGUCCUCCUUGUACGCACUUGCCGUCGCCGCGGCAAUGUACAACGACGAGGCGAAUGACUUUGUCGUGGAGAAUCUCCCGGGUGCGCCAGCGGUGAUUAAGCUUGUGGAGGACUACCAAUCCAACGGCGGGCACCUCCAGUUCGACGAGACCUUCAAGAAGCUCAACAUCGAAUCGAUUACCAAGAAGAUUGAGGCGAAAAUUCCCGAUGCAUCGCAAAUUGUGGCCAAGGUUUCGGCAAAGAAGCCGUUGCCUACGCUUGAAACGAGCAGCAACGAGACGUUGGCCCCAACGUUUGCAGCGCUCAACCAGCUCAUUGCGGCUAUUAACAACUCGUCUGCCUCUGAUGAAACCGUUGCCGCCGUUGCAGCGAGCCUCACACAGCUCUCGGUGAAGGUUGACGGGUUGACCGCUAACCGCGAGCAGGAAUUGGCCAAGUUGACCGCCGCCAAGGUCCAAGCCUUGGAGGCGACGUUCGCCGCGAAGGAGAACGCGUCAACGGAAAAGUUCCUCCAGGACUUCCAGACGGAGAAGCGUGCACUCGAGGCGAAGCACGAUGCGCAGCUCGCCGCGGAACUCGCCGCAGCCCAGGCAACGAUCGCCCAGGCUGCAACCAACGCCGUCGACGCCAUCAAGGUCGAGCAAGUCAAGCAGUUUGCCGUCAUUGUUGAGCAGAAGGUUGCGGAGGAAAGAGCGGGGAAGUUGGCCCAGUUGGACGUCCUUGCUGCCAACUUGGACAGCUUGGCUGACGUCGUCGCCCAGUUGGAGGGCCAUUUAGACAGAGCUGCGUCUGCUACGGCCGUACAGACGCAGUUGGUGCGCGUCAAGGCGCUUCUUGCCUCACCACAGCCCCAGGGUUUUGCUGCGGACCUUGCAGCCUUGCAGGAGUUGACCGCGCAUGACCCGUUGGCCUCCGCCGCCUUGGCCAGUGUCCCGAGAGAGAGCGCCAUCAACGGGUGUCUUACCGUUCCACAGUUGAUUACCAGAUGGCAGUUGCUUGUCCCAGAGUUGAGAUCUGCGGCGUUGUUGCCACCUAAUGCCGGUUUGCUCGGCCAUUUAUCGUCGAUUGUGUUCUCCAAGUUGUUGCUCUCUAAGAAGGGUCAUGCCAACGGGAAUGAUAUUGAGUCGGUGAUUGCCAGAGUCGAGAACUACUUGACUAGAGGCGAUUUGGCCGAUGCGGUUGAGGAGGCAGCUAGCUUGAAGGGCUGGAGCAGAAAGUUGGCGAACGGGUGGGUCAACGAGAGUAGAAAGAGAUUGGAGGUGGAGUUUUUGUUGAGUGUUGUGGAGGCGGGUGCUAGAGCCUAGACGAAGUUGAGCUAAGUCGAUGGCAGAGUUCU